AGUUCCCGAGAAUUACGUUGUCCACGAGCGGCAGUGCAAGCAUGUGUGCGGUAUUUCGAAUUUAUGUUCUCUGCUACUCUGCUCCGGUGUCUCAUAACCUUCCCGGUGAACAAAAAAGUGAAAGAACAAUAUAGUUAAUGUAUACUUCCAAACAAUAGAAAAACAAAUCUAACAUGGGUUUCGAAUCGUAAAAAAACCAUCUUAAAUAAAGAUUUUUUGCUGCAAGACAACAAUUCGAAAGUUUUCCAUCACUCCGUUUUGGUUGACUACAAAAUGCUUCUCCGUUUCAUCCGACGAGGACUCAAUGUUAACUUGCCUGUGACCACUGGCAUUCGACAACCUGCCAACGCCUAUGGAACAAAAAACGAAGAUGAGGACAAAGAGUGGCUUGAAAGGGAGCCUGAAGAGGAGCAUCCCUUCAAAAGAGCGACGAGAGUUCUAAAAACUGAUUUUAGGAGGAUAAAAAGGAAAACAUUGUUCUGGAAAGACCACAGUAAAGAUCUAAGAAAAGGAGAUUGGGACACGGAAGAUCAACUUUUUCCUACGCAUGUGGAUGUCCUGGUAAUAGGUGGAGGAGCCAUAGGAAGCUCGGUUGCUUAUUGGAUAAAAGAGAGAGUUAAGGAUGGACUUAGAGUGGCUGUUCUUGAAAAAGAUCCGACGUAUAAAACAGCAUCUACAGUACUAUCAGCGGGAGGUUUGCGACAACAAUUCUCUCUGGAAGAAAACAUCGAAAUGUCAUUAUUUGGAGCCGAUUUUAUACGAAACGUAGAGGAUCAUUUGGGUCUGCCUGGCCGGGAUCCGGUGGAUGUACAAUUCCAUCCCCACGGUUAUUUAUUUCUUGCUAGUGAAGCCGGAGCAGAAUGUUUAUGCAAGAAUUCCAAGCUCCAAAAUUCCCUAGGGGCAAGGAAUGUUGUAUUGACUGCUUCGCAGUUGGAAAGAAAGUUUCCAUGGUUGAACACAAAAGGCAUAGCAGCAGGUUGUCUCGGGCUUGAAAAAGAGGGAUGGUUUGAUCCAUGGGCGUUACUUUUUGGCCUAAAAAGAAAAGCUAUUGCCAUGGGCGCUCAAUAUGUUCACGGUGAACUCAAAGGUUUCACUUAUAAAAAUACCAAUAACGAAAUGAUCGGCGACACAAAUAUUUCCACUCGACAAGGACUCACAGCUGCCAUUGUAAAAACUCCUGAUGGUGAGAAGAAGUUCAUCACAUUCGCUUAUGCGGUUGUAGCUGCUGGUGCUCAUAGUGGAAGAAUCGCUGAAAUGGCGCAAAUUGGCGUUGGUCCGGGUAUUUUAUCGGUGCCAUUACCCGUAAAACCCAGAAAACGUUUUGUCUUUUGUUUUCACUCACCCGACGGUCCUGGUAUCAAUACACCAAUGACGAUUGAUCCAUCUGGCGCUUAUUUUCGGCGAGAAGGUUUAGCUAAUCACUACAUAGCCGGUCGAUCGCCAGAUUUAGCGGACGAGCCAGGAGUAAAUAAUCUCGACGUAGACGACAAAUUUUUCGACGAGAAAGUGUGGCCUAAAAUCGCUCAUCGGGUUAAAUCUUUCGAGAAUCUGAAGGUGAAAUCAUCAUGGGCUGGAUUUUAUGAAUAUAAUGAAUUCGAUGAGAAUGGAAUAGUGGGACGACAUCCUUAUUAUAUGAAUCUUUUGUUCGCAACGGGUUUCAGUGGUCACGGUAUUCAACAAGCGCCAGCAGUUGGUCGUGCGAUCGCAGAAUUGAUCAUAGAUUCCGAAUUCAUAUCGCUCGAUUUAACGAGAUUGGGUUUCGACCGAUUUAUAUCACUCGAACCAAUGAAGGAAAUCAACAUAGUCUAAUAGAAAUGCCAUUUUUAUUUCGAUACUUGCAUUUUCGUCGUUAUCGAUUAACGCAACCCUAAAAGUAAUUGAAUGAGCAUUAUUCGGGGUUGUAGAGCUGUGAAAUUCGAUUGACUUUGUACAAAUUUGCUCUACUUCUCAUGUAUAUAUAAAUAUAUAUGUACUGUAAUUAUAAUAUAAUUAGUGAAAAUGUAUUUUGUUAAUCAAUCUUA